AUGCCAGUUGCCCUCAACUCCUGCCUCUUGGUUUGGCUGCUCACCCUCACCGUCCUGCAACUGCCUGUGCUGGAUUCAGCUCCCUUCGAUGUGGUCGCACCUCAGGAGCCAGUGCUGGCUAUAGUCGGCUCAGAUGCCGAGCUGACUUGUCACUUCUCCCCAAACGCGAGCGCGGAGCACAUGGAGCUGCGGUGGUUUCGAGCGAGGAGGUCGCCAGCGGUGCUUCUGUACCGGGCUGGCCAGGAGCAGGAGGGCCAGCAGAUGGCUGAGUACCGCGGGAGGGCGACCCUGGUGACCGACGGGCUCCGGGACGGCCGCGCUACUCUGCGGAUACUAGAUGUCAGAGUCUCGGACCAAGGCGAGUACCGGUGCCUUUUCAAAGACAAGGACGACUCCGAGGAGGGCGCUGCGCAUCUCACAGUGUCUGCUGUGGGCUCUGAUCCUCACAUCAGCGUGAACGUUCAAGAGAACGGAGAGAGGGAGCUGGAGUGCACCUCGUCAGGGUGGUACCCGGAGCCUCAGGUGCAGUGGAGGAUGGCCAGCGGAGACAUGUUACCAUCCACAUCAGAGUCCAAGAGGCGUGAUGAGGAAGGCCUGUUCACUGUGGCGGCUUCCAUAACAAUCAGAGACAGCUUCGUAAAGAACGUGUCCUGCUGCAUCCAGAACACCCUCCUUGGGCAGGAGAAGGUAGAAGAGAUCUUCAUACCAGCUCCCUUCGUGCCAAGACUAACUCCCUGGAUAGUAGCUGUGGCUGUCACCGUGCUAGCCUUAGGGCUUCUCACCAUCGGGUCCAUAUUUUUCACUUGGAAACUGUACAAGGAAAGAUCCAGAGAACGGAAGGAUAAGUUUGGCUCUAAAGAGAGACUUCUGGAAGAACUCAGAUGCAGAAAGACUGACCUGCAUGAAGUUGACGUGACUCUGGAUCCAGACACAGCUCACCCCCACCUCUUUCUCUAUGAGGAUUCAAAAUCAGUUCGCCUGGAAGACUCGCGUCAGAUCCUGCCUGAUAUACCAGAGCGGUUUGACUCCUGGCCCUGCGUGUUAGGCCGUGAGACCUUCACUUCAGGGAGACAUUACUGGGAGGUGGAGGUGGGAGAUAGAACCGACUGGGCCGUUGGUGUUUGUAGGGAGAACGUGGUGAAGAAAGGCUUCGAUCCCAUGACUCCUGAUAAUGGGUUCUGGGCCGUGGAGCUAUAUGGAAAUGGAUACUGGGCCCUCACUCCGCUCCGGACCCCUCUCCAGUUAGCGGGGCCCCCUCGUCGGGUUGGCGUUUUUCUGGACUAUGAAUCAGGAGGCAUUUCCUUCUACAACAUGAGUGACGGAUCUCUGAUCUAUACUUUCCCUACUGUCUCUUUCUCUGGCCCCCUCCGUCCCUUCUUUUGCCUGUGGUCUUGUGGUAAAAAGCCCCUAAGCAUCUGUCCAGCUGCCAGUGGGCCUAGGGAAAUCACAGUCAUUGCUAAUAGCCAGGACAGCGUUCCCUCGUCCCCGCUGGGGGAAGGCUCUUCUUCAGGAGACACACACCCUCCACUGUAA